AAUAAUCCAUUGACUUCACAUUAGUAAACUCCAAUUAUAGUCUCAUCUUUCACGCAUUCCCUCUUAUAUAUCUCAACUCUUGCUCCCUUCAAAACACAUGUACAGAUGGAGAAGACAAUCCAUCCCAUUUUGCUCUACUUGUUUCUCUCAAACCUUCUCUGCUCAAAAAUGGCAUCUGCACAAACCAUCCCCAUAAGAGUUGGAGUAGUUCUUGAAAUGAAUAAUUAUGGAGAGAUGACCUUCAACUGCUUAUCAAUGGCCCUCUCCGACUUCUACUCCUCCCACCAACACUACAAGACCAGGCUCCUCCUCACCUCCCGCCACUCCAAAGGCGACGUCGUCGGCGCCGCCGCUGCAGCCUUAGAUCUACUAAGGAACGUGGAAGUGCAAGCCGUGAUAGGCCCGACUUUCUCCAUGCAGGCGAGCUUCCUCAUCUCCCUCGGCGACACGGCUCACGUCCCCGUCGUCUCGUUCUCCGCCACGAGCCCUUCCCUCUCCUCCAUCCGAAGCCCCUACUUCGUCCGCGCCACCCUCAGCGACGCCUCGCAGGUGGACGCCAUAGGCGCCCUCGUGGCGGCCUUCGGGUGGCGCGAGGUCGUCCCCGUCUACGAGGAGGACGACUUCGGCGAGGGCAUCAUGCCUUACCUCAGCGACGCCCUCGUCCGGGCCAACGCCCGGAUACCUUACCGGAGCGUGGUCCCGCCUCUCGCCUCCGACGUCCAGAUCGAGGCCGAGCUCUACAAGCUCAUGACUAUGCAGACCCGAGUCUUCGUCGUCCACAUGAUGAGCUCCCUCGCGUCGCGCCUCUUCACCGUUGCCAGGCGGAUCGGGCUCAUGAGCCCGGACUCCGUCUGGAUCGUCACCAACGGGGUCACUAACGAGCUCGGCUCGUUGGACCCCGCUGUGUUCGAGUCCAUGCUCGGAGUUGUUGGAGUCCGGCACUAUGUCCCGAGGAGUAAAGAGCUCGAAAGCUUCGAAGCUCGGUAUAGGAAACAAGUUGUUGUAGGAGAAGAGUUGAGCAUUUUCGGGCUGUGGGCUUAUGAUGCAGCCACUGCUCUAGCCAUUGCAGCGGAGAAGGCGGGCCUCAGAGGCCUCAGGUAUCGAAACACGACGGUGUCGACGAACUCCACUGAUCUUCAAGGAUUCGGGGUGUCUGACGAAGGGCCGAGCCUCGUCAAAGCCCUGUCCGGCACCACAUUCAAAGGGCUUGCGGGGAACUUCCGGCUAGUCAAGGGGGAGCUCGAGGCGCCGCCUCUUGAGAUCGUCAACUUCGUUGGUGAUGGAGUCCGGAGCAUCGGAUACUGGACGAAGGAGAAUGGGAUCGUGGGAGAUCUCAGCUCGAGAAAUGACAACAGCACCUCAUCCAAAUCCAAGCUUGCAUCGAUCAUCUGGCCGGGCGAGGCGUCGGCCUCGCCCAGAGGGUGGGUGGUCCCUACAAAUGGGAAGAAACUGAGAGUGGGAGUGCCUGUGAAAGCAGGCUUCACUGAGUUUGUGAGUGUGACAUGGAAUCCUAACAACUCUACAAGAGUGGAAGGGUAUUGCAUAGAUGUGUUUGAUGCAGUCAUGGCGGCACUACCUUAUGGUGUUCCCUAUGAAUACAUCCCAUUUGCACAUCCCAACCACACCAUGGCUGGGAAUUACAAUGACUUGACCUAUCAAGUAUACCUAGGAAAAUAUGAUAUAGUUGCCGGAGACGUGACGAUUGUGGCGAAUAGGUCGCAGUACGUGGACUUCACCCUGCCCUACACAGAGUCCGGUGUGGCGAUGAUCGUGCCAAUGAGAGAUGACAAGAGCAGGAAUGCAUGGGUGUUCUUGAAGCCUCUCACGUGGGAGCUCUGGGUGACAAGCUUCUGCUCGUUCGUGUUCAUCGGAUUCUUGAUCUGGAUCCUCGAACACAGGAUAAACCCGGACUUCAGGGGGCCGUUCUGGUACCAACUUGGCAUGAUAUUCUGGUUCGCCUUCUCAACCAUGGUCUUUGCUCAUAAGGAGAGGGUGGUGAGCAACUUGUCGAGGCUGGUGCUGAUCAUAUGGUUCCUGAUGGUCCUCAUCCUGACGCAGAGCUACACCGCGAGCCUGGCGUCCAUGCUGACGGUUCAGAAGCUGCAGCCGACGGUGACGGACGUGAAUCUCCUGAUCAGGAACAAGGAGAACGUGGGAUACAUGCAGGGCUCCUUCGUGUAUGGACUCCUCAAGGGGAUGAACUUCGAAGAGUCGCGUCUCGUGGAGUACGACUCGCCGGAGAAACUCGACGAGCUUCUCUCCGGCGGCCGCAUCGCCGCUGCGUUCCAUGAAAUCCCAUACAUAAAGCUCUUCUUAGGCAAAUACUGCUCCAAAUACACCACCAUCAGCAUAAACAAGGCUAACGGCUUCGGCAUCGUGUUUCCGAUCGGUUCUCCACUAGUGACGGACGUUUCGCGCGCGAUUUUGAACGUGACGGAGGGGCAGAAGGUGGCGGCGAUCGAGAGGAAAUGGCUGCUGCAGGGAGAUGUGAAGAAAUGUUUGGAAUCUUCGAAAGAGUUGGCGCCGCACAAGAAUCUCGGCCUCGCGAGCUUCUGGGGGCUGUUCCUGAUCGUGGGGGUGGCUGGGAUGACGGCGUUGAUGAUUUACGUGGUGAGAUUUUUGCGUGAGAAUUGGAGUGAAUGUGAAGGCGAUGACACGGUGUGGCGCAGGAUAGUGGAAAUGUUGCACAAGUUCGAUAACAAAGACAUGACUUCUCAUACGUUCAAGAGAGAUGCGUAUGGAGGCGAUUGUGAUGGACAGAGUCCUUCGCAUUUCUCGCUGCCGUCUCCUCGGACCGACGGGCCCCCGAGCCCCGUCGCCUCCAGCCCGGGGCAGUGGAGCCCCGUCGUCGAUCGCCGCCGAUGAGCUUAAUUGAUUAAUCUUAUAAGCUUUGAUUAAUUGUCUCAAAGGAAAUGUAGAUGGUUGAUGUAUAACUUGUAACUUGUAUAUAUGAUGCUAUUCUUUAGAAGUUAGGAUCUCACUCGUGUUCCAUUUUCAAUU